AUGAAUUCAAAAAUCACCCUGGUGGUUGGAGCUUCGCGUGGAAUUGGCCGCGAGCUCGUGAGACAGCUCAGCGCUGAUUCCAACCAGCAUAUCAUUGCGAGCGUGCGCCAACCAACCGACUUUGGUGCUCCCAACGUCUCAUCCAUCACCCUCGAUCAGGGUAUCCCGUCAUCUAUCACCCAGGCUGCAUCUCAAAUCCCAGAGAUUGACACACUGAUUAUCAACGGUGCUUUUGGCGAGGAAGACCAGCUACUCACUUGUCCGGACGAAAAAUUUGACAAAUAUCUCGACAUCAACCUGAAGGGACCCCUUCGACUGGUCAAAGCAUUCCUUCCUGCUCUUCUUGCUCGCAAAACCAGGCAGAUUGUGUUGACAUCUUCUCUCUGUGGGUCAUUGCAAAAGCAGAGCGAAUUUGAUCACGGAUCUCUUGGCCCAUAUUCUCUCAUCAAGGCUGGGGGCAAUAUGAUGAUGAUUCAGCUCCAUCAUGAAUUGCGCGAAGAAAAAUUCACUUUGCUAGCAUUUCAUCCAGGCUGGGUAGCCACUGAUAUGGGUGGUCCAGGGGGUAUGCCCGUUGAAACAUCCGUUGCUGGAUAUUGCAAGGUACUGAGCACACUCAAACUCGAGGAAUAUCCCCAAUUUAUUGCUUGGGAUGGAUCAAUUGUUCCGUGGUGA